GCCACACCAAUCCCUGCAGUUCAAUCUUUAUCAUCUGUGGUGUCUUUUACUGAUAAUGAUGAAAGUUCUUCAAAGAUCAUCUUCAUAUCAAGCCUUUCAUCUGCAGGAAGGAUGCAACUAAUAAGAGCAACGCAAAGCAUGUCAUCAAGAACCGCCACACACCCAGUCGGAUCAAAGCACUCCAGUGACCGAUUCUAUGCAACCAACAAUCUCACCCAUUCACUUAAAGCCAGCGUCCCAGCAACAAUGACAGCAGACUUUUUCCCAGUCAAGAGCUCCAACAAAAUGACUUCAAAAGCAUAUACAUCACUCUCACUACAAGAAUUUGUCUGGUCUGCAACGUAAAUCUGCUACGGACUCAUUUCCGUAGCAGAUCUGCAACGAAUCAGCGACGAAAGUGUAAUCCUUACGGAUACUAUUUUUCGGUAGCAAAUCAUCCACGGAUUACUUUCGCCUGUCGAAAUUUAAGUUGUCAAAUUUUGACCUGAUAAUCUGACUCUUGUGUCCGUAGCAGAUCUGUCGCAGGAAAUCUAGAUUGUAAUUUUCCAGCCAUUGGUCCUUCACUUCAACCCUAUCCCGAUUCUCUCUCCCCGUCAGCCGUCCUGCGAACGCCGCCCCUCCGCCAGCCUUCAACGUCCGUCCUCGCCAGCCACGCCGUCCCGCCCAGCCGCGCCAGCCACGCCGUCCUCCCCAGCCGCGCCAGCGGCGCCGUCCACCAGCCGUCGCCACCCCUCGUUGACGCCGCUAGUACUCCCCUGCCAGCCGUAUCUCUUCCCCCGCUGGACCUCCUCUUCCUCUUUGCCGUGAAGAACCUGUAGCAAAAUGUUUUCCAAAAUUGCCAAGAUUAAGCUUGUGAGUUCACAUCCUGAAGUGUAUGAACCGUGCGAUGAUUCAUUUGCAUUAGUGGACGCGCUAUUGGCUGAUCAGGCUAACUUGUCAGAUCACCGGCCCACAUGUUGUAUGGAAGUUGGAUGCGGUAGUGGAUACGUUAUAACAUCUCUAGCACUCAUGCUACGAAAUGAAGUGCCUGAGCCCUUUUAUAUUGCAACUGACAUAAAUCCUCAUGCAGUGAGGGUGACUCGGGAGACAGCGGAUGCCCAUGGUGUUGAUGUUGACUUGGUAAAUACUGAUAUUGCCUUGGGAGUGGAGGCACGGUUGGCUGGGUUAGUGGAUGUUUUGGUUGUAAACCCUCCUUAUGUUCCUACUCCCGAAGAGGAAGUUGGUCGUGAAGGAAUAACCUCUGCUUGGGCUGGAGGGGAAAAUGGUCUGAGUGUGAUCAAUAAGAUAUUGCCUGUUGCAGACAAGCUUCUGUCUGAAAGAGGCUGGCUGUAUCUGCUCACACUCUCUGAUAAUAACCCCUCUAAGAUAUGCCUUCAAAUGAGAAAGAAGGGUUAUGCAUCAAGAGUCAUUCUUCAGCGGUCCACUGAAGAGGAAAGCCUUCAUAUAAUCAAAUUUUGGCGUGAUGCCAACUUCCAGUUAGAGGCAAAAGAAUAUCAUAGUUUAAUGGUGAAAAAUGGUCAACAAAAUGUCGAUAAACCAGGGGAUUUUGAAUUUCCAGAAUUGUUAUCAGGGGGACGUCACAACUGCAAUGCACUCUAAGUACCAAUGCUUUCAAGGAAUACUCUUUGGCCAAUUCUGCAACAAGGCAACAGCACCGAGAAGCUCCCACGAGGCAAAGAAGCUGUGACGAUUUACAUUGAGAGACUGAGGAAGACUCUUUUGGCCUAUUCAGCAAGAAGGCGAGGCACCAAGAAGCUCCCAAAGAGCGUAGAAGUUGUGAAGACCCAUCUUCGUCUCCCUCCUAAAUGCUGCCAUCGCUGUAACUUCAGAGCCCGUCUCUACAUUCUUCACCUCGCUGCUGCUGGAAGGUGAGUUAUGCGUCUUCUCUGAUUCGAUUAGGGUUUAUGUGACACAUUAUCUUCUCUUGGAUUGCUUCGAUUUAUCUUUAUUUGUGCGUUUUGAUUCCUUCUGAGACUUCGAUUAUUGUUUAAGUGUAACUCUGUUUUUUGUUGUAAAUGUUUUUUCUCUGCAAUGUGAUCAUGAUGCGUCCAAAAUCUGAAUUCCAAACGAUGGCAUUAAGCAGCUAAAAACUCAUACAGUUUGAAUUUUCACUUGAUUAACCUCUUAAAUAAAGUUGUGUGUGAUCU